AUGCUGAAAGGUGCAGAUGAUUCUGUUAUGGAGCAGGAGGACUCUGCUUCCCGACACGGAGAAAUGAUGAACUGGGAUAUCAAUGAUAUCAAACUUCCCCAGCAUGUGAGCCAGACAGACUGGUUUCAAGAAUGGCCAGAUUCCUAUGUAAAACAUAUCUAUAGCUCAGAGGAUAAAAAUGCUCAGAGGCACCACAGCAGCUGGGCAAUGAGAAACACCAACAACCACAACUCCCGCAUCUUAAAAAAGUCCUGCCUUGGGGUGGUGGUUUGUGGGAAUGACUGCUCUACCUUGGAUGGGAGGAAGAUCUACCUAAGACCAGCCAUAUGUGAUAAAGCCAGGCAAAAACAGCAGCGGAAAUGCUGUCCAAACUGCAAUGGACCACUGCGACUCCUUUCCUGCCGAGGCCAUGGUGGUUACCCAGUUACCAACUUCUGGAGGCAUGAAGGCCAAUUCAUAUUUUUCCAGUCCAAAGGCUCUCAUGACCACCCACGUCCAGAAACAAAACAAGAAGCAGAAGCAAGAAGAUCAAUCCAAAAAGCAAAGACAGCUUUUUCUUCAUCUUCUCUAAGACUAAAAAGACUCCAGGAGAUUGAGUCUCUGACAGGUGCAAUGCCGACGCAGGAGCCUUUGCCUUUGCUUCUUUCCAACCCGGAUGCCCACAUGCCACCUGCUAAUUUCAGGGGACAUUUAAGCAAAAGUUCCCAGGAGCCAACGCUGAGCAGCUGCUCUGGGCAGCUUCCGUACCCACGGAGAGCUGGGGAGGACGGGCCCUCCGGAGAGGCGCCAGCCUGGGGCCGGAGCCCGUCCCUCAGCAGGGCCCCCAGAGCCAAGGGGCCGUGCAGUGUCCCUGCUGUGCCCAGCACAGCCCCUCCUCGCCAGCAGUGCGCCCACCUUAGCGCCCAGCACAUGCUGCCCGCGACAAAGAGCGGCCGUGACCCCUUCAGGUGUGACGCGGGCCCAGGAGAUGGAUCCUGUGGGGACAAACCCCCACUGACCUACGGGAGCAGCCACCCUCCUCUGCCGCCCUUCGCCGCGCCUCAGGGCGGGCCCUGCGCCGUGGCACAGCCUCGCCCACAGCCCUCGCUGCCUCCGAGGGGGAGCGAAGGGGACGGGGCUGGGGGGUGCCACCGACUCUGUCUCAACUACUGCAACAGCGACAUGUUUUUUAACUUGUACCCCUUACGGUGA